AAUGUCCGGAUCUUUACCGAUUCAAAACGCCGACAACAUUACCGCCAUAACACAAGGCGUCCAAUCCGGAACGUAGAGAUCACGCAGUUGCUCCCACUCGGACUAGUUUACCAUUCAUUCGCAGCAAUGGCAGCCCUUAGGACGGCACUCAAUGGACGCCUUCUUCAGUCAUUCCCCCUAUCAUUUGGAUCGCUUCGGUUUGCCAGUUCUUCCUUUAAGUUUGCGGAUCUUACCAUAGAGAGGAACCCCGUACCCAAGCCAAAGCCAGACCCCUCCACGCUGGUGUUUGGCAAGCAGUUUUCAGACCACAUGCUGACCAUCAAUUGGUCGGCAGAUGGAGGAUGGGAAAAGCCUGCGAUCAAGCCCUUCCAGAAUCUGUCCCUUCACCCUGCAUCUUCAGCCCUGCAUUACUCUAUAGAGCUUUUCGAGGGCAUGAAGGCAUUUAGAGGUGUAGAUAACCACAUCCGACUCUUCAGGCCCAUGUUAAAUAUGGAGCGCAUGUACCGCAGUGCUGUAAGAUGCUGCCUGCCCACAUUUGAUAAAGUCGAACUGCAGGAGUGUAUUAAGAAGCUGGUCGAGAUCGAUCAAGAAUGGGUACCGUAUUCCACAGACGCCAGUCUUUACAUUAGGCCAACAUUCAUUGGAAUCGAGCCUUCUUUAGGUGUGGCACGAGCAGGUCAUGCUUUGCUCUUUGUCAUUAUCGGGCCUGUUGGACCUUAUUUUGCGACUGGAGGGUUUAGUCCUGUGUCUCUGCUGGCAGAUCCACGUUAUGUUCGGGCCUGUAGAGGAGGUGUUGGGGAAUACAAAAUGGGAGGUAACUAUGGGCCGACAAUUGCUGUUCAGAGCGAGGCAGCAAAGAAGGGCUGUCAGCAGGUCCUCUGGCUUUAUGGAGACAAUGAGGAGAUCACUGAGGUCGGAACUAUGAAUCUCUUCAUCUAUUGGACCACAGAGAAAGGAGAAAAGGAGCUGGUCACCCCCCCACUAGAUGGCAUCAUUCUUCCAGGAGUCACCCGGCAAUCUCUGCUGGAUCUUGCAAGAGAAUGGGGGGACUUCAAAGUGACAGAGCGCAAAAUAGUGAUGAAGGAGCUGAUAAAUGCUUUAAAUGACGGACGGGUUCUCGAAGUGUUCGGCUCUGGUACCGCAUGUGUGGUUUGUCCAGUUGGCAGCCUGCUCUACAGGGAUAAGACCUACCAAAUUCCUACCAUGCAGAAUGGCCCAGAUCUUGCUAAAAGGUUCCAUAAAGAACUCACCGAUUUGCAGUAUGGACGCAAGCAGAGGGACUGGGCACCACUGGUUGUUUGAUUGGUUUGAUUUGUUGAUGUCUUGGCCUGAAAAAUGGUCAGAUCUCGUAUUUAAAACCUCAUCUCAUGUAUUAAUGUGUGGACUUGAAAUAGGGAUGUUAUUGUACAGUAGCAACCUCUCUAAGUGAGUAAUCAUGUAUUAAACAUAUGCAGUCAUUUAAAACAACCUAACAUAUUACUUGCUUAGAGAUCUGUAUGGCACAAUUUAGCAGUGAUUGUCCUGUUUAGCACAAGCAUUAUAAGCAAUGUAUAAGUAACUUGGAAGAAAGGCACAAUACGUUAAUGUAUUUUUUCUUGCAGUAGCCUACCUGCUUGUCCAGUUUAUACAUUUUUCAUACAUCCAUACCAAAUUUCAAAGGUUUCUUGUUGUGUCCGAAGUGACUGAAAAGUUGUUCAAUAUUUUUCCAUAAACGCUUAACUGUAAUAACAUUAUAACUUUUAUAUAGAGGGAAUGGUGCUAAGAUAUUAUAGGCAGUUGAAAAGUAGCACAAUUCUGCACAUAGUCAUUUUAAUGUGAAUAUAUGUUUGCACAACUGCUUGUUUAGUAAGGACCUUUAAGAAAGAAAAAAGUGAAGCUGCUUUUUAAAAAAUGCCACAGUGGCAGUGAGAUUGACCUAAAUUUCCUAAGUCAAAAACAGUGAAGUGUAAAUGAUUGUGUAUGUCCAAAACAAUCAUGUGCUACUACAAGGACAAUAUAUAUAUUUUUACCUUGGAGCUUGAACUGAUCUAAUACACGCACUGAAUGGCUAAAGAUGCACAAAGGUCCUGAUAGCAUCUCUACAGAUCAUUAGAAAGAGUCCUGGUGUAAGGGUUAUAAGUGCACUAUAGGCUGGUGAUCGAUAUGAUAUUUGGAACAAUGAUGUGAUCUGUAUGUGUUUGAGAAUGUAUCGGUUUUAACUUAUUUCUGCAGUUGUUUUAGUAGUUAUACGGUUAGAAUUCCUGUUUUUUACUGUAUGAUCUGUUACCUUUUUGGUUAGUUUUAGACCUGUAUUUUAAACCAAUGUGUACACUCCACAUCUUCUGUAAGUGCCUGAUGGAGGUGGCUGUUACUUUCUGUUUGACCUUGGUAUCAUUUGCAUUUGUCAAUUAUUUUACUGUGGGUUCUGCUGCUGCUGUGUUCACAAUUGAUUUAUUUUGGUAUUUGGGGUAGAUUUUAUUCGAUCACGGUUUUUACAAAUAAAUUUGAUUUGCGUCCA